GGAUUUGUAAGCAAACAGCGCCAUCUACCGGGCACCAGCCGUCAUGUGCUGAAGUUACAAAACAUUUGCAGCCAUUAGUCACGUGGUACUGCCGCGUUAUGCAAACAGACUUCUUUAAGGCGCUUCGCGUCCACAUUUACAGACAUGAAACGGAAGCAAGUGAAAAAAAGGUCUGAAGGAGACUCUGGAGCAUCGCUGUCAAAAAAAUUAAAGGAAAAGAAAGAUGGGAAGACCUCGGAACCAGAGCUGCCUGUCAAGCCCCAGAGGAGAAAUGGCCAUGGGAGCAUCCUGCACUACAUUUACAGGAACACUCUGGGACAAAGUCUGCACUCUCGGAUGAGACAGUGUCUUCAGGAGCCCUUUGUCCGCUCUCUGUCAGCCUAUCACUUCCAUGGUGCUACCAGUCCCUUCGAUCGCAGGAUCACCUGUCUGGAGUGGCACCCCACUCACCCCACCACCCUCGCUGCAGCCUCCAAAGGUGGAGACAUCUUUCUGUGGGACUUUGAAAAGCCCGCAAAGAAAAGCUUCAUCCAGGGGAAUGGAGCCGGAGACUUCAUUGGAGGGAUGAAGUUCUGCCCCACUGACUACUCCAGAGUGUAUGUGGCAUCCGGUGAGGGGAAACUGACCCUGCAGAGCUUUGAAGGCCAGCCACCCACCCUGCUGUCCAAAACGUCAGAAUGUGACCACAACCAUCACAACCUUUGCGUUUGGUUUUGCUGCGUUGACGUGUCUGUGAGCCGACAGAUGCUGGUGACGGGGGACAACAUGGGUCAGCUGACGCUCGUCAGUUUGACCGGCCAAAAGAUUUUCAGUGAGAAGUUGCACAAAGGUAAGGUGACCCACGCAGAGUUUAACCCCCGAUGCGACUGGUUGCUGGCGACGGCUUCUGUCGACCGGACGGUGAAGCUUUGGGACUUGAGGAACACGAAAGACAAGAAGAGUUUCCUGCACGAGAUGCCUCACGAAAGGCCUGUCAACUCAGCUUACUUCAACCCCUUGGACUCCACGAAGCUGCUCACCACAGACCAGCAGGACCAGAUCCGAGUGUACUCAUCCUGCGACUGGUCAAAGCCUCAGCAGAUCAUCCAGCACCCACACAGACAGUUUCAGCACCUCACCCCCAUCAAGGCCACAUGGCAUCCUACAUAUGACCUCAUUGUUGCUGGACGUUACCCUGACGACCGCAUCUGCACCGGUGACCAGAGGACCAUCGACAUCUAUGACUCCAACACUGCAGAGCUCGUAUACCAGCUGUAUGACUCCACUGCUUCAGGAAUCAAGUCUAUUAACAAAUUCAGCCCAAUGGGCGACGUGAUUGGAUCUUGUAUGGGUGUGACGGUGCUGGUCUGGGACCAUGAUAAUUCUCUGGUCAGCGGUCAGCACAAUCCAAAGGAGGAAUUCUCCUCCAGUGAUGACCCAAGGAGGCAGCGGAGGAGUCAGCAGCGCUCCAGCAGAGAUAGAAAGGCACCACCUUUGGACCCGAAGCUUAAAAAAAAGCUCGCUUCCCUGGAAGAAACUGAGACCAAGACUAAAACCGGAAGUUCCAAGAGCAAUCCAAAGCAGACCAAAAAGUAAAACGGCAUUUCA